AUGGAGAGGGGGGCGAGGAAGGUCGUUUUGGAGAUCGUGGUGGCCCAGAAGAAGAAUGAGGACAUCCAGCCUAUCCUCGAAAAGUAUGCUGACAGGGACAGGAAAGGGAAGACGUCUGCAGUGCGAAUGCGGUGCAAGGCCCGGAAACACUUCCGGGAUAUGGAUUUUGCCAAUGCCGAGGGGAACAGAGACGCCCCCAGCACGCCGCCGGGACCGGAGGAGGAACCUGAGAUAGUCGCAUCCGAGCCUCCACCCCAGGGACAUAACUCCGGCAGCCGAGGAGGAGGAGCAACAUCCACGGAUUCCAAUGCCUGCAGCGGAGACAAGGGGAAGGGCACGGCUCUAGACUUCCCCUCUCACCCGGACGGGACCUCCCGAGGGUUGCCAGCGACUCCGGGUCUUUGGGAGACUUCAGGGAUCCCGUGGAUUGACCUGCAGUUGCCCUACCCUCAUCACGACCCCACGGCCUUUCCACUUUACGCGACCGUAUGGGGGGCUUUGGCAUAUCCGAACGUUGAUACGGGUCGAGGGCGGCUGUCAGGACUUGAAGGGCAACUCAAAGAAGCUCUGCAAACCUUCCGGGCCUCGGAGUUGCACGAGGCUUGUGAGGCCAUUCUCAAGGCGAAGGCCGAGAACGACCGUCUGGAUAAGUUGUGGCGGGAUACGGAAGCUUAUUGGGAAGACCAUCUAAAGAAUUCCACACAAUUAGAGAUGUUGGCUAACAACCGCCUCCGGACGUUCGAAGCCAAGAUACGGAAGAAGAAGAAGGAUGUGGGUUUAGUCGAACCCGAUCCGGAAGAUUUUAUCCCCCGUAACUACUUUAGGAUAUCAUUCCUCUGA